AUGGCAACAGACCAAGUCCAAGGUUCAUUUAAAGAACAGUUUAGGAGAAUUUAUGACUAUGCAAAUGAGUUGCUGAAAUCCAAUCCUGGGUCUACAAUCAAACUGAAAGUGGAAGAUGUGGAGGGACAAGCCACAUUCAAGAGAUUCUACACUUGUUUAAAAGCGUGUAAAGAUAGUUUUGUGUCGUGUAGACCAAUAAUUGGGUUGGAUGGCUGUUUUCUGAAAGGACGAUAUGGGGGUGAAUUAUUAACGGCUGUUGGUCGAGAUGGUAAUGACCAGAUGCUGCCACUAUGCUAUGCGCUUGUUGAAGUAGAAAAUAAAGAAACAUGGACUUGGUUUAUGGAGUUAUUGAUUGAAGACUUAGGUGGGCCAGAAGAGCUGUUACCUGGAGCAGAACAAAGAUUCUGCAUGCGCCAUUUGUACGCCAAUUUUAGGAAAAAAUUUGGUGGUAAGAAAUUGAAGAAUUUAAUGUGGCGGGCUGCUGUGAGUACAUAUCCCCAAGCUUGGGAAAGAGAAAUGAGAAAUAUCAAAGAAGCCAAUCUUGAGGCUUACAAAUACCUCAUAGCCAUUCCACCAAGGUUUGUCUUUAUCAUCCAUAUUCACAAUACUGUUACACAUUAUGGUGUUGCUAACCUUAGUGUGACACUUUCAUUUUCAGAUUUUGGUCUAGAUCUAGGUUCACAAGUCAAGCCAUUUGUGACACUCUAG